CGCUGACAUCUGACGGCACAGCUGUCACACAAUUCGCUGUUUCCCCGCCCGCGCCUGGCCUAAUCAUAAUAACACUGCUAAAAACACUAAGGUUUAUUGAUUUUGCUUUGGCAUUGCUCUUGCAUACUGUGAUAUUAAUUAAACGCCAUGGUUUCCUGGCAUCAAGAAAACAUCAGAGGCCAAAUGCUUGAACUGACAAUUGUAGAAAAGCGUUGUGAAAGCGGUGAAAAAUGCGAAGAGUUUAUAUCCAAGAUUCACAAUGACAGGCGGCAGUAUGGGUUCCUGUUCGGAUUUACUUCUGCAAUAAUUUGUCUAAUGAUGUCCUUAUACUUGGCCAUACCGACUAAAUUUACUGACUGCUUCAGUCUACUUUGCGCCUUUUCCUCAUUGUCAUUUAUCGCUCUCACCUCUGGAAAGUUAUUGUUCAGAGUGUCUAGUGAAACAGUCACAUUUGUUCCUUCGACUGGGAUUCAGCAUACAAUUGAAUAUAAAUGUGGAAUGAAGACCUACAACUUCAUACCUGCCAAUGAGUAUACAGGAGUAAUCAUUAAUGAAGAUAUUGGCUGGGACCAUGCUUUUUACUUGGCAGUUGUUUUGAAGAACCCAAAGAACAAACAGAAGCUAGUCCCUUUAUUUAAGAACACAUCACCUCGGCUUGCGUUUCUUCAAAAAGUUCACAACAAAAUAUUAGAUCUUGUCAACAAAAUAAAAUAAUACUGCUCUCAUAAGUUAUAAAAA